AUUACAUGAAUUGACUUGAUGUGCCAUGCGUGACUCACAGUGUUUAUACUCCUUGACAUGCCGGCGUUGUUAUUUGACGGUGCCGUGACGGACCGAGUGAAUUGUCAUUUUCGUACAAAUGUGGACUCCAGCAUCCACGUACAUAAGCUACCAUAUUGUGUCUGUGCACUUCUCGCUUAAAAACAAUUGAAAAUCACAUAACAAAGUUUGUAAUUCCGUCGAAAAAAAGGGGGGGUUGGGGUGUUGAGAUUACGUGACAUGAACUGACUUGAGUUGACGUGACUUGAGGUGAUACUAGCACGACGGCAAGUGUGAAUAGAUCUUAACAGAAAUACCGCAACUGCUUAUAAACACGUUUUAUUAACUAUAGAUUACAGAACACAUUAAACACUAAACAGCGUGAGCAUAAAAAUCAGUUCGAGAAUGAACUGACUACUCUAAAGACCUUCAGCCUCGGAGAACACACUCGAGUUGCUGAGGUCGAUAGUCAAUCUAUUGUCGAUUACUGCCACACAAGUUGCACAACUAUCAGCAAUAUUUUGACAGUUAGCAAAAAAAGCUGUAAUAUGAACAACUGUUUUGCUGCAUCAUAUUUCUCGAUUUUGAAGAGAGAUAUAUGCCGCAGAACUUACAUCUACUACGCACGUCGUUUCAAAAUUAGUUUGAUAGCACAGAUAAGAAACUAGAUUAUAUUUUUGCGAAUUUCGGCUCCGUCAUGUGGGAGCAUUUGGAGUGUACAUAAAAAACUUCUAGAUCACUCGACGAUAAAAAAAAAAGUUUUUACUAGAUACACAUCAUUUAUCGCUGUGUAAUUUUAGACAACUGGAGGUUAUGGCGCAAAACAUCUGUCAAUCUUCGUUGAAUGUUGAAUAGGAUUGGUAGGGGUGGGGGAAAGGCUACCAAACCGGAAAACUUAAUCGCGGUCGCUUGCCGCUUUGGAGGGUGAAUUGACCUUGUUCGAGGAACCGACGUUGCAUAAUGUUGAAACGAAUCGUCAAGGCUGCAGCUGAUUAGAUUAAUGUACAACAUGAUGGACCAAUUUAAAUAGCAUAGCAGAUACGCUGGCCUGUGAGGACGGAGGCUGUGCAUCAAUAUUGAGAGUAGAAAGUUACAUUACAACCAGCGCGGCAACUCGUGUGUAAGCUGACGUAAAUACAAGGAGCAUUGCAUCUAUUGAAAAAGUAUAGGAGAGAAAUAAAUCGACGAUGCCCCUUGAAGAUUAUAAGGAUAUAGUUGGUACAUGCGCCAGCAUUACGACGAUUGGACAGUUUUUUUCAGGAGUAUUUAUUUGCAAGGACAUAGUAAAAAAGGGAUCAACAGAAAAUGUGGCAGACACACCAUUCAUCGGCGGUAUUGCCGUUUCUCUUCUUAUGUAUGUUUAUGCAAAAAUCUUGAAUGAUCCAGCAAUGGUGUCAGUGAACAUCGCUGGAAUAACUCUCAAUGUUGGCUACUUGCUGUGUUAUUAUUUAUAUACACAUGAUAAGAAAUCUGUUCUGAAACACAUAUGGAAUGCUUUUUUGAUAUGUGCUGUUUUUGUGGCAUAUGCCUGGUGGGAAGAUCCAGACUUAAUUGAACAUAGAUUUGGAAUAAUUGUAACUGUGUUACUGCUUCUUCUUAUUGGAUCGCCACUUUUUUCACUUGGUGAAAUCAUAAGAAGUAAAAGCAGUGCUUCUCUACCGUUUCCAUUAAUACUGUCGGGGACAGUAGUUUCUGCAGAAUGGCUUUUGUAUGGCAUUAUAAUUAAAAAUCAUUUCAUUCAGUUGCAGAAUGCAGUUGCUCUCGUAUUGAGUGCCAUUCAGCUGUCACUCUUUGUGAUUUAUCCAAGUAAACCAAAAGAAAAAGAAGAAAAGAAGAAAGAUUAAUGCAGAUGUGUUUCUAGAGUUAGCAUAUUUUUAUUACAUGUGUAUACAUUAUGUACAUAUAGUUUUAAUAUAUGGAACUGUUGGCAAGUAGAUUCCAAACUGUAAGUAUGUUCAUUACUUGUGUUUGGUAAGUUUUAAAUUAUUUAUUGCAAUAAAACUGUUAACGUAUUUCCGAAUCUUUGUCAGAAACAGAAACAGAUGUCGGGCAUCUGUCUCUUCUAGAACUUUUCAGUGAACAAUUCACACUGUAUCAAUGUAUAAUUGUGUGUUAUUUAUUGUCACCCAUUUAAAUAAUCACUUACAUUAAGAAGAGUUUGUGGCAGUUUUACAAAUGUGAAUAUCGAAUUACUGCUGCAAAACAAAAGGAGUACAAAAUAAUAGAAAAGAAAAAUUCUGUGAAGAAAUUUCACAUGGACACAGCUUAUCUUCAGGAAGUGCAACUCCCAAUACAGCCAACAGACACACAGAAAUAGAAAGUGACAGUCAUCCCAUUUCACAAAUUCGUUCUUCAGGGCAGAAAAGAGAGAAUAAUUGGAAGACAUGGAAAUGUGUGAAAGUAGGUUACGUGUUACACACAGUGGGAAGCACCAAUAUAGAUUGUGUGUGUUCUGUUAGCUGUGCUGAGAGUUAACAACUUGAUUGGAUAGCCUAUCUGCGAACAGAAUUAUUAUAAAAGACCUGCAGUAUACAAGACAGUUUGUGUUUACUCAUAAUAAUGCAGUGAAUCAAUGAUUUCCAGAUGAGUAUUAAUUACCUAGACCAGUAUUCUUUCUUUCAUAAAAAAGUGUGUGUGUGUGUGUGUGUGUGUGUGUGUGUGUGUGUGUGUCCUGGCAGUUACUCCUGCAUGCUGUUUUCCUUUCUUCAAAUAGACCUUCUCACAUUCAAUUUGUGGAUACUUCAUGAUUUAUACAAAUCACAUGGAAAAGUCAGAAUGUAUUUGGAUUCAAAUAAUAAAUUUGUGGGGGCAGGACUGUGACAACUAAUUAGUGUUUCUUGUUGGAAGAAUAAUUUUGAUAUGAAAAAUAUAUUAUUUUAAAAUGUGAAGUAUUGGUCCAUGGUGUCACAGUUCAGUUAAAAUAAUUUUGUGAAAAGUCAGUGUGUGGAAUAGUACAGCCAUUUUCCAUUAUCUUUCUCAUGUGGUCAUGAUGAUGUCAUACAUGCAACUAUCAAUGUGCAAGUACAUUAAUGUGUAUCAUGUCACCUAAUAAUAGUUCUUUUCUCCACUCUCACCACUUACUUGGAAUUUGAGUCACUUUACCAUCUUUGAGGUAUGAAAUGUGAAAAUUACUGCUAUAAAUUGUAGUAUUCAGGUGUUUAUCAUGUCCAUGUU